AGCUCAGCAGGACCGCAGCCAUGAGACCUCUCCUCCUGGCCCUUCUCGGGCUCUGCUGCCUCACGGCACCCGGCGUGGAAGGUGUGGGGAGUGAAGCUGUGGAGCAGAGAAUCUGCGUGAGUCUCACCACCCGGCAAGUGCCGGUGAAUAGGAUCAAGACCUACACCAUCAAGGAGGGGACCAUGAGAGCCAUCAUAUUUUUCACCAAACGUGGGCUUAAAGUCUGUGCGGAUCCACGAGCUGAUUGGGUGAAAAGAGCGGUCGAAAAAGUGGACAAGGACAACAGCAGCAACAAGAGCCAGACCAAGGCUGCCGGGACCCAACAGCCCACCAGAGCAGCUGUGACCAGGAGGCGGUAGUGACCUUGUCCCCUCCCAAACCAGCCAGCUGACUUCUCCUCACAAGCUCCCGUACUAACGACAUGAUAUGCACCUUUUCUAAAAGCAUCGCCUGUGUUAGAUGAU